UUUACUGCAAAGGCAUCGUAAACUCCCGAGUAACACGAAGAAAAAAAACGAUAUCAACGUUUUGUAAACGAAUGGUCAGAUAUUUCAUAGCCAUAAUUAUAUCGUGAGGAUAUAAUUUAGUUGUGUCAUUUGUUUGGUGGCGUAGCUAACCGCUGUUUUUCAGUUUUCAUUGGCAGUUAGCUGAACAGCUAACGUCAAUCUUCGACUGAGUGGAAAUGUUCAAAGCAAAAAUACUCCUUAUAGGUCCAAAUGAGAGUGGGAAAACAGUUCUUGCAAAUUUCCUGUCAAAUGCAACAGAAAACAUUGGAGGUGAAUACAGCCCUACCCAAGGAGUAAGGAUACUGGAAUUUGAGACACAACCUGAAAGAUCUGGAGACAGCAGGGCUUGUGAGGUUGAACUCUGGGACUGUUCAGGAGACUUCAAGUUUGAGUCCUGCUGGCCAGCACUGAUGAAGGAUUCCAGUGGUGUUGUGAUCGUUUUUAAUCCAGAUGUUCCCAGUCACCUCAAGGAAAUAGAGACAUGGUAUUCGAUGUUCAUCCCCUCUCAAGGUUUGCAGGAAACCCAGUGUCUACUCAUUGCUCACCACAAGCCUGGCAGUGGAGGAGAAGACGGACGGCUACCUUUAGCCUCACAUUUGAGCAGACUGCCACUUAUUCACUCUAACCUGGAGGAUGACCCAGAGGAUGUGAAGCUAGCUUUCCAAAGAUACUUGGGAAAUGUUGUAAAUACAAUGUCAGAAAGUCGUGAACGAGAGGAGAUGUCUAUCAUUACAUAGCAGCAUCGCAGCAGCAAAAAAAAACUCUCCAAUGGAAGUCAAUGUGAAAGGGAAAAUCACAAAAACUGUUAUACAUUUUUGCU